CACUUUGACCAAGACUGGCUUUACAGCACUGGAAACCACUUUUUAUUUGAAGAGAUUUUGUGAAGAUAUUCUUUCGUUUGGAGAAGACGCGCCAUUUACCAGAGAUAAAGGACAUAAAUUGUGUUGAAGUCUUUAUUUCUUACCACUCUUGAGUGCAGUUUCUUCUGCAGAAGAUGUGUGCCACUGUGCGUUUUGUCUUUUUACUCCUGUGCGUCAACGCGGCACGAACCACUCCAUUUGAAUCUGAGGAUGUUGUACCUGUUCGGAUAAAUGGAAGGAUCAGCGGCCGCUUUUGGAAAAGAAGCGAGGAGCAGCCGAGGUUUGUCCUCAGUGCAUUUGGCAAGGACUUGACUCUAAACCUCAUACCAGAUACCAGCUUCAUCGCGCCGUCCUUCACCAUACAGCGCAUCAAAGCCAGGGAUGUUGGCGCUUUACGCAGCGCUUCAGGUGCCCAAUCUGCCCUGGACGCGGGUCUCCUGAAACUUUUGAACCAGACUGAGGAGAGUGAAGGACAGCUGAGGAGCUGCUUUUACUCGGGGAACGUGGAUCAAGAUCAGAACUCUGUUGUGGCUGUCAGUUUGUGCUCCGGCAUCUUUGGCUCCUUCAUAACAGAAGGCAAAGAGUAUUUAAUUGAGCCCAAACUUCGCGGCGGCCUGGGGCCAGACUCUGCCGAACAGCUGCAUGUCAUCAAGAGGAGGACAUUCACGGAGAGCCGCGGUGUUCCCCUCCUGUUUGAUCACGCGGCGGAGGAGAGCCGAGCCGAGAAGCACAAUGGGGAAAGUUUUACGCACGUCCACAGUGACGCACAGAGGGAACCUCGCCGGAGACGGUUCGUUUCCGCGCCACGGUUCAUAGAGACGCUGGUGGUAGCAGACUCGACCAUGACCCACUUCUAUGGAGAUGAAACACAGCACUACAUUCUCACCCUCAUGUCCAUGGCUGCCCAGCUUUACAAGCACCCCAGCAUAAAGAACUCAGUGAACAUGGUAGUGGUGAAGAUGCUGACGGUGGAGGACGAGGAGGUCGGACCGGAGGUCUCCAGUAACGGAGGCGUGGCUCUGCGGAACUUCUGCUCUUGGCAGCAACUCUUCAACCCACCGAGCCAGAGGCAUCCAGAGCACUACGACACUGCCAUGCUGUUCACUAGAGAGGACAUCUGCGGUCAGAAGAGCUGCGACACGUUGGGCGUGGCCGACGUCGGGACGAUGUGCGACCCCAAGAGGAGCUGUUCUGUCAUCGAGGACAACGGCCUGCAAGCUGCCUUCACAGCUGCACACGAGCUCGGUCAUGUGUUGAGCAUGCCUCAUGAUGACUCCAAGACAUGUGAGAGGCUGUUUGGGGAUCUGGGAGGACAUUACCUGAUGGCUCCUCUGUUUGUCAGCCUCAACAAGACUGCACCUUGGUCUCCCUGCAGCGCUCUCUACGUCACCGAAUUCUUUGACAAUGGACAUGGAGACUGCCUGCUGGAUGUCCCGGAGAGCACCAUGCCUUUACCAAGAGAACUGCCAGGCACCAAGUACACUCUGGACCAACAGUGCCAGCAGAUUUUUGGAGAGGAGUUCAUCCACUGCCCCAACACCUCCGACAGUGAUAUCUGCAGCCAGCUGUGGUGUCACGAGGACGGGACGCCGCAGUGCUCCACCAAGAACGGCAGCUUGCCCUGGGCUGAUGGCACCCCCUGCAGCCCCAAUGGGACCUGCCUCAAUGGGGCGUGCAUGUCGACCGUGGAGGUGAUGCAGCCGUUGAUGGUUGUGGACGGCGGCUGGAGCUCCUGGGGACCGUGGCAGCAGUGCUCCAGGACAUGUGGAGGUGGGGUGGAGUUCUCCUACAGGGAGUGCACCAGCCCCGUGCCUCAGAACGGAGGGAAGUACUGUGAGGGACAGAGGGUCCAGUACCAGUCCUGCAACAUACAGCUGUGUGACAACAAUGAAGGUAUAAGUUUCAGAGAGGAGCAGUGUGAGAAGUACAACAGCCCCAACUACCUGGAUCACAAUGGGAACAUGAAGCAGUGGAUACCGAAGUACGCCGGUGUUUCUCCCAGAGACAGAUGUAAGCUGUUCUGCAGGGCCAGAGGCAGCAGUGAAUUUAAGGUGUUUGAAUCCAAGGUGAUUGACGGAACGACCUGUGGCCCUGACACUACGUCCGUGUGUGUCCAAGGCCAGUGUGUGAAGGCCGGCUGCGACCAGGUGAUUGGAUCCAACAAGAGGGUGGAUAAGUGUGGAGAAUGCGGAGGAAAUGGACUCGCCUGCAGAAAGAUCACAGGCUCCUACAACAAAGCAACCUUUGGAUACAAUGACAUUGUCACGAUUCCCAUUGGCGCGACUAACAUUGACAUCAAACAGCGGAGUCACAGAGGAAUCAAACAUGACGGGAACUACCUGGCUAUAAAAAGAGAGAGCGGUAGCUACAUCCUCAACGGUAACUUCUCUGUGUCCACGGUGGAGCAAGAUAUUCCAGUGCUGGGCGCUAUACUAAAGUACAGCGGUUCCUCUACCACGUUAGAGAGGAUCCAGAGCUUCAGGCAGCUUAAGGAGGCCAUCACCAUCCAACUCCUGGCCACUGGAGGGGAUGCCAACCCUCCCAAGGUCAAGUAUACCUUUUUUAUCCCCCGAGAUGUGACCUUCAACAAAUCCAAGGAGAGGAAGGGCUCUUCCCCAUCUUUGCAUAUGAUCCAUCCGUUUGGUGUACCUGACUGGGUACUGGGAGAGUGGUCUGAGUGCUCCAAGAGCUGUGGCUCUGGGUGGUCCAGGAGGAAUGUUGAAUGCCGAGACAACGAAGGAUUCCUCUCCAGCCAGUGCGACAAAGACCUGAAGCCCAUGGACAUCAGGCCUUGUGGGGAUCUGCCAUGCCCCAUAUGGCAGAUGGGACCGUGGUCUGCCUGCUCACGAACUUGUGGCCAGGGAGAGCGUCGCCGCAGCGUCUUCUGCAUAGACUACACUGGGAAGACUGUCGAGUCAGAGAAGUGUGAUCCGAAGAAAGUUCCAGAGCCAGUCUCUGGAGAAUGUUUCAACCAGGACUGCUUAUGAAGAACAUGGUGAACUUUCACUUUUUGGUCUGAGUGCACUUACCAGCCAUGGAUGGAUUACUGAAUGGGUGCGCCAGGAGUGGGCCCCGGGGCUAAAUAUCUACAAAGCAACAACAACGACUACAAAAUUACCCAGAAAAGGUGCCAAGUAAUCACAAAGACAUUCUAAAGACUACAACGAGGUUCAAAAUGAUCAUAGAGUGACACAAAAUGACUGCAGAGAGACAUAAAAUGACUAAAAGACGCAAUAUGACCUUACAAGUUAAUUGCAAAGCGACAAAAAAUUACUCAAUUCUCCGUCUCUAAGAUUCUAAAAGUUCUAGAUAACCUGCAAAAUGUAAUCUGGCAAAUCUCAGUCGUCUUUUUGGGCCUCUUUCAAUCUGGUCGGGUUCAUAUGUCUGUGUCCCAGGACCCAUUGUCUCACAGUCCAUCCAUGUUACCAUCUGGUUGCAUCAAGUCACAUCAAGGGCUUGUACCUGAAUAUUGUUUUGUCAUCUUUUGUUGACAUUUGACAACCACUAUUGAGAUUUGACACAAUGAAAAUCUACCUCAGGAUGUACAUGUGAUGCUAUGUAUAGAUGAAGGUGCGGUGUAUGUUUUCUCUAGAAUGAGAAGCUUUCUAGUCCCACUUAAACAGAAUCUGACUCUUUGGAUGAAGUUUAGUAUAAUCUGCACUUCCUGAGUUAGCUGUCACUUAAUGUGGGUCUAGAACAAUGGCAUUAAACCUGCUGUCAAACACCAGCACAGUGUAAAUAUACCUCCAACUGUCCUCCACAGAACUCAACCCUCUAUAAAGCUUUGAUCGAGCCAUUUACCUAUUACUGAGGUAAGUUCUUACGAUUGAGGCAUUGGGAUUUAAAGCCUCUGAGAAAUGUGCUCUGGUGUGACUGCUUCUCCUGUCCACACGCAUACUAAUGUGAUCUGCAUUAAAUGCUUGCGAUAAAGAUGUCAUGCUUGUAUCCUAAAGAUUAGCAUCGUCAAGCGAUGGGCAAACCAUUCGCUGACACUUUAUCUGGAAUUAUUUAAACUUAAAAAUAUGGAUUAUUUCAAUACUUAACUACACAUGUAGAAUUUAAAGAAUCUGAUAGAAUUUGAGUUUACACAUUGUGUGAAAUCUUUUAGCCUAGAUAAUGACUGGUCACUCCAGAACAGAAAAACUCACGACAGAGAUUCCUCCUCUGCCCCGUAGUUUGAUUUUAGCCUUUUCUGAGGUGCAUUACAAUGCAGUUGAGAUGAACAGUGGUACAAACAACACAUGUUUGUUUGGAGAUAUUACUAAGUUAAAUGAUAAGCAUAUUAUCUAUCUUGUAUAUGAAAAAUAACAUUAAUUUUAUUCAUUUUCAGACUUUUUUUUUGUUGUUAAUGCAUCAUAUGCAAACGCUCACAGUGGUUUUUAGACUCUUGUAUGUAUAUUUGAUUUCUUCAUUCCUGUUGUUAAUUUACAGUAUGUUAUAAAACAAGAGAUGGAGCAUUAGGCCUAUAUCCCUUCAGUGAAGGACCAUACUAUUUUAUUAUUGCAGCUUCCUUUUUAAGCUAUUUAUUUUUGUAAAGUUUUUACCUUGGACAUGUAAUUAACAUGGCAGAUGCUGCUGUCUUUGAGAUUUUUGUCUAUAAAAUGGUCAAAUAAACACAUUUAUGUCAA